AUGGGGGCUGCAUGUCAAGAGGAAGAAGCAACCUCAACCCUAACCCCACUCGAGAUUCCACCCAGACCCCAAACCUUGAUUGAGACACCCACAUCUCAAGCCCUAUGCACACUAAGAAACCCAAGACCCUACCGAACCCCCCAUAUAGAAACCCCAGCCCAAGAAAUAACCCCCACAGUACCAACCUCCCAUAUCGAAACCCAAGACCCUACCGAACCCCGUGUGGAAGAAACAAAGAACACCAAAGAGGGGGAGGAUAAAAUCGAAGAUGAGGAGGGAGUGAAACUGACUGAGGAGGGUGAUGAGGGCGAUUGGGGUGAUGAGACAGGGGAUGAGAAGGAAGUGAAACUGACCGAGGAAGAUGAUGAGGAUGAUGAAGGUGGUGAGGCAGGGGAUGACGAGGAAGUCAAAUCUGAGGGUGAGGGGGUAGGAAAACAAACGGAAGGAGACGAGAAGGAUAACGAGAUACAAGAGCAGGUUGAGAGUAUGGACGACAAGGGAAUCCCAGUUGACGAGAUAACGGUUAGGAGACACUCACGUCGGGCUAAGAAUUGGGAGAACGCAGCGCCUGCCAAACUGCAAAGGGAACUGAGGCUGAGCGACUCCGAGGAAACAGGAGACAAUAUUCCCCAGGCCCAGGAAACUCCGGACGCUGCAGAAGAUGUCUCUCCAGAGGCCUUGGAGAAGAGGUACGAAGCAGAAAGGAAACGUAAGGGGAAGCAAGAAGCUAAGCCCCAUAAGAAGAAACCUCACCAGGACUGUGUUGGUCGAUGA